CCCGCUGCACAAAGACCGGAGCGCAGUCACGUCUUCUCCACGCUGUGAGUGCGCAGCGCCUGCACGGAUCGCUCCACUUCGGAACUACGUUGCAUGAAUACCUGUAUCCCUCUGGUGCAGGUUUCCUGGCCGACCAUCACACACUCCACUGUGGCCAAUUUCCAGCAGAUACUCCGACCCCAACAAAAGCAUCGGGAUCCGUGAACACAGAAGCUGCGGGAGUGGUCUGGGAACUUUUUUUUGCCACAAUGAGCAAGCAAAAGGUCAACCUUGACACCUACAGCCUGUCGCUGCUCAUGGCCAAGGAGGACAUCCUCAACCCUCGCUCCUCCACCAACUGGGCGUUAUUUACAUAUGAUGGGUUCACCAACAACCUCAAACUCGCCGACUCAGGAGCGGGUGGUCUGGCAGAACUGGCAGGGAAAUUUCACAUCUCAAAGCCUCAGUAUGGACUUUGCAAAGUGGAAAGUAAAGAAACAGGAGCCCCUCCGAUUGUCAUGAUCAACUGGAUCGGCCACAAUGUGGAUGAACACCGAAGGACAGAAUGUGCGGGCCACAUCUCAGCCAUCAAAAGUUUUUUCAAGGAAGCGCAUGUUUUCGUUAGUGCAGAGAAAGUGGAGGACGUGACAGAAGAGACGAUCAGAGCUGAACUCGACAAGGCCCAAUCUCAUGCUCCUUCACAAUGGGUGAGACGGAGCUCUCGGUCUGCAGACAAGGAGGAAAUCGUGGGUACGAACUACAGAAAAACAAAUGCUGCGCUGGAGAUGCGAAGAAUAAACAGAGACUCCUUCUGGGCGCGUGCAGAGCGUGAAGAAGAGGAGAGGAAAGAAGAAGAGAGGAGAAAAGCAGCCGAGGAGAGACGUCGUCUCGAAAGAGAAAGAGUUCUGAAAGAGAAAAGAGAAGCAGACGAGAGGGAGAGAAAAAUGAAUGAGAAACUUCAGAUGAUUGAGGAGCAGAGAAGAAGACAGGCAGCGCAGGAGGAAGAGUUCCGCAGAAAGGAGAAAUUUAGAUGGGACGAGCAGCAAAAGGAGCAUGUGGAGGACAUGAGGGCUCGUCUUCUAAGGAGUGAGUCCAUUGAGAAAGCAGCAGAGGCAGCUGAAUUAGUGUCCCAACGCACCAUGAACCCGAGGGAGUUCUUCCGGCAGCUGUCAUCAUCUUCAUCACAAAGUCCCACCAGCCCUGGAUCCUCCCGUUCUGGCAAACCAUUCAGAAGAUACCAGCGCAGCCUGACAGAUACCGCCUUCAUCUUCUGUAAAGCGGAAGAAAGUGCAGCGUCUUCCCCGCGUAGUUCUCCCCUGGUCUCCCCUUUCUCCCGGGCUCCUCCCUCCCCUAUAUAUCGUGGAAUGUCCCCCCCCCCUGAUUUCUUCCACGGGACAAAGGCUCCCAUGUCACCAUCUAUGUCACCCCUUCGCCCAGCACCUCCAGUUUCCGCCCUGCCCAGCGUUCCACAAAAUAACAACCAAGUUCGGGCAGUUUCUGAGCCCAAAGCUUCUUCACCCACAGAGCCUUCUGCACCUCCAGCCUCCCCCACUCUCUUGGCUUCUCAGUCUCCAGGUUUAAUGAACAGAGACCCCAAUUAUUUCCAUUCUGAAGCUCUGCCAGAUGCCCCAACCCCGACAGAGGAGUCAACUUGGAACUCUGAGCCCAUUCUUUCUCCACAGGUUCCACAGAUGAGCACAGAUGUCAACACAGCAAGUCAUGUGCACACUGAGCAAGUCUCAGACACUGCCUACAAAGUACAGGCGGUCCUGGUGGAGGAGGAUGAGGAAGAGGAUGUGGAGGAACAUGAGGAAGAACAGCCUGAGAAGCAGCUGGACCUGUUUGCUGUUACCACUGUGCAGAUUGAGACAGAGGAGGCAGAGGAGGAGGAAAGGGAAGAGGGGAAAGAGAAGGAGGCGCACAAGGAAGAGGACAAGGAGAAGGAGAAGGCUCUCCAGAAUGAGGAGGACAAGCCAGAGGAGAAGGUUGUACACGAGGAGGAGACAGUUGAGGGAUUCAACUACAUGCCACUGGAAGAACCAGCGGAAAUCAUGCAAAAUGAAGAGAAGGCAGAGGAAGAAGCAAGUGAGAACAACCAGUCAGGAGAUGGCCAGCCCCUUGCUGAGUCGUUUUCAGAGGAAGAGGAGGAGUCAGAAACCACAGAUGCCAAACCCAUUUGUCAAGACAUGAGACAUGAAACUGUAAUCCUGUCAACCAAUGGGAUCACAAAUGGAGGUGUCACAGAGGAACAGAAUGGCACAGCGAGAUCUUUGAGUCCAUCUGACACAGACUGCAGCACAUCUGAGGUGACUGUGUGCUACAGUCUCCAUACCAACGCAGAAGAGGAUGGCAUCAUCGAGGACGAGGAGCAGGAGAUCUCAGAAAAUGGACAAGAGGAUUCAGCCGAGCGACAGAUGUGCGUCAGGGCUCUGUAUGACUACCAGGCAGAGGAUGAAUCUGAGAUCUCCUUUGAACCAGGUGACAUCAUCAGGGAUGUGGAGACAGUGGACAAAGCCUGGUGGAGGGGGUGGAGCAAAGAUGGCCGUCAAGGCUUAUUCCCUGCCAAUUACGUGGAAACCAUCUAGACAGGGGUCGACACACUUUACUAGCACACACACACAGAAACAGACACACACUCAGGGACACCUUCUCCCCUCUCAUUUCUGCAUGUUUUCACCUUAAUCCUCCCACUGAAACUUUAUUCUCUCUGUUCUGUAGGAAGAAUAAAGAAACAUGUGACUCCCUGUUUUGUAGAAAGCAGAAAAUAUGGCUCUAUUUUGAUGUUUUGGAGAAAAACACAAGUACGCAGAAAUUACCCAGCCUCAUUUUCAUGGAUAAAACAGCAAAGAUCUUUUCCUGGACCAAAAUAACUUAUUUUCUUUUGCGAUACUGUGGAAAUGUUGGUGGGAGAGGCAUUGAGAAAGGAUCACAAACCUGCUCUUCUUCUGAGUAACACAAACAUUUUUAAGUGUAAAGUCUUCUUUUUGAUUUACACAUAUAACAAGCGUUUCUCUGCUCACCGUUUGUAUCCAUGUACCAGGUAUCAUCUUAUAAUCAUGUUUCUGUAUCUCCUGCAUUAUUUUGUAGCACUGUAUUUGUUACCAGUCACACAGCAUAGUUUAAUUGCCCAAACCAGAACAGGAGCUCGACAACUGAUGGAAAUGCAAAGGAUGUUGUUGUAUUGGAUGCCCUGUAGUUUGUUUCUAUGGUGAUGUCCUUCUAUGCAUUUGUAAUUAUGUUUUGCCUUAUUUUUUCCUAGUUCUUAACAAAUUAAUGCAUUUCUUUUGGGCACAGAUGAUAUUAACAACAGUUUUAAUCAUCUGCUCUAUCAUAAUACUCUGCAAUGUAUAUACGAAUGUAUAAAAAGGGUAAAAAAAAACAAACAAAACUGUCUCUCUUUCUACAUUUGGAUAAGAUGUUAAUAUGUUAUAUGCUUGUUUCAUGGCAUAUUGUUUUUGUAUUUACUCCAAACCUUCAAAUACAUGACAUCU